AUGAGUAUUUUGUCAAAAUUGUGCUUGACGGUGUUCGAAAUUGUGAACGAGCUCUACAUCGGUGUGGGGGCCGGUGUUGUGGGGCUAGCGGUGUUAAUAAACCACGGCUACAGGACAAACCAGCUCCUGAGGACUCUAACCGUGUCUGCAAUAUCCCUAGCAAGUCUCAUUUACGUGUUCCAAAGCUCGGCCGAGUUAAGACAACCGAGUUUGAAGCAAAUCGUUCUCAUUUCGGGCUGCGACUCUGGGCUCGGAUUUUCACUGGCGAUUCACGCCGCCAGGCUUGGGUUCACCGUCGUUGCCGGGUUCUUGGACCUGGAGUCGCCAGGAGCCAGGGAAAUUAAACAGUUUCAUCGGAAAAUCACCCAAAUUCAAUUGGAUGUGACGAGUAAAGAGAGCGUUUUUGUGGCCGUUGAGACGAUAAACCAGUACCUGAAUAGCAACCCGAGCUACGAGUUUUACGCCCUUGUGAACAAUGCGGGGGUUAUGGUUUUUGGCGAAUUUGAGUGGCAAACUGAAAGACUGAUCCACCAACAAGUCCACGUCAAUCUAAUGGGGACUAUGAACGUCUCGCGUGCGUUUAUCCCGCUCCUGAGGAAGUAUCACGGUCGCCUGAUUAAUAUCACAAGCCAUUGUUCGUUCACUUGUUUGCCGGGACUGUCGGUUUACGGCGCUACGAAAGCCGGAAUUAAGGCGUUUAGUGACGGGCUGAGGAUAGAGCUGGGUAAAUAUGGGGUCAAAGUGGUGAUGCUCACGCCUGGGUCUUUUGUAACCCAGUCAAAUAUCAUGGCAAAGCACCCGGAACACGUGCAUGAGAUGCACCGCAAUUUUAGUAAGGAACAGAGGGGUUUCUAUGAAGAGUACUUCCAGAGGUACCAUGCGUAUCUGUUAGGGAUUACGGCUCCAAAAAUCCCAAAGCCGAUUCAAGACUCGGGAUUGUAUAGGAAAUUUGAGGAAGCCUUAUGUCUUGAGACGCCAAAGCCGGCGUACAAAGUUGAGCCGUUUAGAUACGCUUUCUACCACUUUUUGUUCAAAAUAAGUCCGACGCCUUUACGAGACUAUUUCGUUGUGAGAUUUAUGAAUAUGCCUGAAUAUCAUAUGACGCAGAUCUGGUAGUCUAAUGCCAUAUUUUAUUUUUUUAUUAAAUAAAACAUUGUGAUUCCGAA